CUGACGGUCGAACAAAUGGAGAAAGAGAUGCCCUUCCUGGGGGUUCCUUUCUCUGCAAAAGAGGCUGUCUCUGUAGCUGGUUUGUGUGCAACGGGAGGAGCCGUGUUUCGUAAAGGAGCCCGUGCAGAAGGGGACUGUGAUGUGGUGCGACUCAUUCGCCAGUCGGGAGCCAUUCCAUUGGUAGUGACGAACACAAGCGAGAUGUGCCUAUGGUGGGAGACAUACAAUAAGCUCCACGGAAAGACCAGGAAUCCAUACGACACGACGAGAACGCCAGGAGGAAGUAGCGGAGGAGAAUCAUCUCUGAUCACAGCUGGAGCAUCUGUCAUCGGCAUCGGAACUGACCUCGGAGGAAGCAUUCGGAUCCCCGCUCUGUUCAGCGGCAUUUUCGGACACAAACCAACGAAAGACAUCGUUUCAAAUGGAAACCAGUACCCGGUGGUAAACGAAGCAGUCCGACAAUUAAUCGGCACUGGACCGAUGUGUCGUUACUCGGUAGAUCUUCUGCCUAUGCUCAAAGUAAUGACCAGGGGUUGCACCCAGUCGCUAAGACUCGAAGAACCAGUGAAUAUUAAAAAACUGAAAGUCUACUACAUGGAAGAUGACGGAGGUUACCCUUUCCGUACACCUGUGUCACGGGAAAUGAAGAAGGUUCUGCGGAAAGCAGUUGCUCAUUUUGACGGCAUUUGUGAGCUGAAACCACAAAAGAUCUUCAAAGAGCGCCUGCAAGAUGCCGUUGAAACUUGGGUUUGCGUCAUUGAAACUCUCAAUGACCAGCUACUGUGCAACGAGAUUGUCGGCUACCAGAAGAAUUUGAACCUCACGAGGGAGGUCCUCAAGUCCAUGGCAGGCAAGUCCAAGCACACCUUCCCCGUCAUCUGCUUAGCCAUCCUCGACAGAUACAUCAGGAACUACGACCCGAAACUGGCAGAACCUUUCUUUCAAAUGCGCGAAGAACUUCUAGCAGAAUUCAAUGAACUUCUUGGCGACGAUGGUAUCUUCCUUUAUCCAACCUAUCCGGAUGUGGCCCCAUACCACAUGGAAAUGUUCUUCAGGCCGUUCAAUGUGGGCUACUGUGUCAUAUUCAACAUUUUGGGAUUGCCAGUCACGCAGUGCCCCAUGGGUCUAGGGUCUAAAGGACUACCGUUGGGCAUUCAAGUAGUGGGAGCCCAGAACAGAGACAGAUUAACAAUUGCAGUAGCGCGCGAGUUAGAGAAAGCUUUUGGCGGCUGGGUUAGUCCAUGCGACAUUAGAAAAUCGUCUAUCAAGUUAACGGAAAUUGUAUAACUGUCUAUAUGUACGUCUAAUAAGGCCAAAAGCAACAACUUUUACUAUUCAAUAAAACCCCGCUGUUGGA